UUUUGUUUUCAGAAGGUCGUAGUUUAUAGUUUACUUCCACAGUCAACGAUCGACAUUUGCCACAGUAAAAGAGACGUCAGACUUCACCAGUCGCAAUGUCUCGCCCUCCACCCCCACUAGCCAGGCUGUCCAAACGGAACUCGUACAUCUUUGAGAACUCCCAAGUGCCAGGGAUUGUCCAAUUGUUCCGACAGUCUAGCCAUGGGUCUGGCCUUGUCGCGGCUCAGCCCGGUCACCCGACGACGACUGCAGCCCACUCUCGAAGUUAUGGCUCAAUCCGGUCGCCCUCCCUCCACUCUCCGGCCCCUGGGUCAGGAUUGUGGUCCAUGGAGGCAAGCUAUUCUGGGUCUGGGCGCCUGGGGAAACCGAAAUUCGCGACUCCCUUGCCAUUUACACCACCGGUCAUGGUGGAGAAGGAGGGAGAAAGACAACCACUUCUGAGGUCGGAGGAAGAACGUGUCGUGCUGCCCCCCGCGGUUGCAAAAGUGGAGGAUGAAGAAACUAAUUUGAUGGACGAUCUGAGAAAAGAGCUGGACACGGAUAUGCAUACAAUUGGAAUUCAAGAACUAUAUGAUCGACUUCGAACUAACCCUGCUAUGGGAUUAACAGACGCCCAAGCGGCGGCAGAACUGAAGAAAUCUGGACUGAAUGCACUCACCCCACCGGAAGAAACUCCAGAAUGGGUCAAAUUUGCGAGACAUUUAUUGGGUGGAUUUUCUCUCCUCAUGUGGUUUGGAGCUGCGCUCUGUUUCACUGCUUUCGCCGUUCAAAAUGCAUACAUGUCCGACGCUCCUUAUGAUUAUAUGUACUUGGGUAUUGUGCUCGCUAGCGUGGUGUUAAUUUCCGGACUUUUUUCCUACUACCAAGAAGCUAAAUCGGACAGGAUUAUGGACUCAUUUAAGAAGUUGGUGCCUCAAACGGCCCAAGUCUUGCGAAAUGGGGAAUUGAGCUGUGUCGAUGUAACGGAUUUGGUGGUUGGAGAUAUUGUAAAUGUCGAGUUUGGAAAUAGAAUCCCUGCAGAUAUUCGUAUAACUGAGACCCAGGGACUAAAAGUUGACAAUUCUUCUUUAACUGGAGAAUCUGAACCACUCCCGAGAUCAGUGCUGUGCACUCAUGAAAACCCAAUGGAAACAAAAAACCUUGCUUUCUUCUCUACUUCCGCAAUCGAAGGUACUGGGCGAGGGGUGGUCAUUGCGACGGGGGAUCGAACUCUCAUGGGUCGAAUUGCUGGUUUGGCGUCCCGUCUCGAGAAUACGGAGACUCCCAUUUCCAAAGAAAUGGACCACUUUGUCUCUGUCAUCUCUGGGGUAGCCGUCUUCUUUGGAGUACUUUUCUUUGUUAUCUCGGUAGCCAUGGGGUAUUCGUGGCUGGAUUCUGCAGUCUUCUUGAUUGGCAUCAUCGUUGCCAAUGUACCGGAAGGUCUUCUUGCCACGGUCACGGUUUGUCUCGCACUCACUGCGAAGAGGAUGGCGUUGAAAAACUGUCUGGUGAAACAUCUCGAAGCUGUUGAAACUUUGGGAUCAACGACAGUGAUUUGUUCCGAUAAGACUGGAACUUUGACACAAAACCGAAUGAGUGUGUCGCACAUGUGGUUCAACGGAGAAAUUCAAUCAAUUGGAGCAAAAGGAAAUAUUAACAUGGAUGAUCCCACUUUUAUCGCCCUUGCAACGGUGGCGAGGCUUUGUGGACGAGCUCGGUUCAAGGUCGGCCAAGUUGAGGUGGCAAAUGCGUUUAAAGAGAUUGAAGGUGAUGCCUCUGAGGCAGCCCUUCUUCGUUGUAUGGAAACUCAAAUUGGAAACGUUGAACUGUUUCGAGCACGGCAUAAAAAACUACACGAAAUUCCGUUUAAUUCCACAAAUAAGUUCCAAGUGUCGAUCCACCAAUAUGACGACAAAGAUCCCCGAUUACUUCUUGUCAUGAAAGGUGCUCCAGAGCAAAUUCUUCAACGAUGCGAUACAAUUAUAAUGAACGGAGUGGAGGAGCAGUUGACCGAUGAAUGGUGCAAAAAAUUUGACAAGGCGUACAAGACACUCGGAAAUAUGGGUGAACGUGUGCUUGGAUUUUGUGACUGUCGCCUACCCCUUGAUAAAUUCACUUCGCAUUAUAAAUGGGAUCACGAUAAUACGGAGUUCCUUGAGAAUAAUUUUCGUUUUGUUGGUCUAAUUUCUCUUAUUGAUCCACCGCGUGAAAGUGUUCCGGACGCGGUAAGAAGUUGUCGGACUGCAGGAAUUAAAGUGGUAAUGGUGACUGGAGACCAUCCCUUAACAGCCAAGGCUAUCGCACGAGAAGUUGGGAUCAUUAGUCCCGGAAACAUGACCGUUGACGAAAUUGCUGAAAGAGAUGGUGUUUCCGCCAAUGAAGUGGACCCCAGGGAAGCAAAAGCAGCAGUUAUUCAUGGGGAUGAAUUACAAGAAUUUACGGCGGAGGAUCUAGAUCGAGUUUUAAUGAAGUACAAGGAAAUUGUGUUUGCUAGAACUUCGCCUCAGCAAAAGCUAACCAUUGUAGAGGGUUUUCAAAAACAAGGAGAAUGUGUCGCUGUGACUGGAGAUGGGGUUAACGAUUCUCCUGCCCUGAAGAAAGCAGAUAUCGGUGUGGCCAUGGGUAUCUCGGGUUCCGACGUGUCUAAAGAAGCCGCUGACAUGAUCUUGUUGGAUGACAAUUUCGCCUCCAUUGUCACUGGGAUUGAGGAAGGGCGUUUGAUAUUUGACAAUUUGAAGAAGUGCGUCUAUUACACCCUUACAGACAAUAUUGCGGAGCUGAUACCGUUUUUGCUUUUUAUCCUUCUACGAAUUCCGCUUCCACUUGGAACCAUUUCCAUCCUCUGCAUCGACUUGGGCACGGAUGUUAUCCCUGCAAUAAGUUUGGCAUAUGAAAAGGGCGAGUUGGAUUUGAUGAAGCGAGCUCCUCGAGACCCCAACAAAGACAAAUUGGUCACGAAGCAACUGAUUGCGUACUCCUACGGGCAAAUUGGAAUGAUGCAGUCCUUUGCUGGAAUGUUUGCUUAUUUCGUGAUUAUGGCACAAAACGGUUAUCUACCCGGGAGACUAUUAGGCAUAAGAAAAGAAUGGGAUUCACCCGCAUAUAAUGACCUGGAAGAUUCAUAUGGACAGGAAUGGACAUACUAUAACCGGAAACAACUUGAAAACACUUGUUCUACUGCGUACUUUGUAUCGAUUGUAGUUUGUCAAUGGGCAAACUUGAUCAUUUCCAAGACAAGAAGAUCGUCCGUAUUUAAGAAAGGAUUUGGAAAUCAUGUUCUCAGUUUCGCCAUCAUAUUUGAGACUGCGCUUGCCUGUAUUUUGUGCUACACGCCCGGAAUGGCCACGGCCUUAAAGAUGAUGCCCCUGAAAGCCUGGUGGUGGCUUCUGGCUGUACCGUUUGCCGUCCUUAUCUUCGUUUAUGACGAACUACGACGUUUGAUUAUCCGCUGCUACCCCGGUUCCUGGUUUGAAGACGAGUUUUACUACUAAAAUCGGAAAUAUUUCUAAAUUAUUGUGUCAUUAUU